AUGUUAGCCAUGGUUGGCCACGAGAUGAUGCACGCGUUGGAUCCACGAGGCAUACAAUCGCUCGAAGGGUAUGAACCAGAUGAUAAGGAUGACGUGAUGAGAGAAUACACAAAGAGGGCGCUGUGCUUGCGGAAGUCUCAUAAGUCUGUCCUGUCCUUAAGUGGUCAAGAAGGAACGUUGAGCGACGAGCUGGACAGCGAGAACCUGGCCGACCUCGUAGGCGUCAAGCUGACGUAUGAUGCUUUCAAUUCCUUGGAGAGCGGAUACAGGGACCAAUAUCUUGCAGGCCUGGACAUGUCAGCGCAGAAGCUGUUCUUCUUCAACAACUGCGCGAAAUGGUGCUCUCAGGAAGAAUCAGACGCCCCACGCUACGCACCAAAACGCUCGCGUUGCAUAGUGCCCCUGAUGAACAUGCCGGAGUUCUCCAGGGCUUUUGGCUGCGCUGCUGGGACACCCAUGAAUCCAACGCAGAAGUGCACCUUCUGGUAG